AUGACACGUUUCCUGUCAAGAUGGCGGAUAACCUCCCCUCGGAGUUUGAUGUGAUCGUAAUAGGGACGGGUUUGCCUGAAUCCAUCAUUGCUGCUGCAUGUUCAAGAAGUGGCCAGCGGGUUCUGCAUGUUGAUUCGAGAAGCUACUAUGGAGGAAACUGGGCCAGUUUUAGCUUUUCAGGACUGUUGUCCUGGCUAAGGGAAUACCAGGAAGAUAGUGACAUUGUGAAUGAAAGCCCAGCAUGGCAGGAACAGAUCCUUGAAAAUGAAGAAGCCAUUGCUCUUAGCAGGAAGGACAAAACCAUUCAACAUGUGAAAGUGUUUUGUUAUGCCAGUCAGGAUUCGCAUGAUGAUAUUGAAGAGGUUGGUGCGCUGCAGAAGAAUCACGCCUCUGUGACAUCUGCGAACUCCACAGAAGCUGCGGAUUCUGCCUGCCUGCCUGCAGAAGAUGAGUCAUUAAGCACUGUGAGCUGUGAAAUGCCCACAGGACAAACUCCAAGCAGUGAUCCAGAGCAUGCCAUAGAAGAAAAUUAUGUUGACGCAACAGGGGACAAAGAAAACCAUUGUGAUGAUAAAACUUGUAUGUCGUCAACUUCAGAAGAGGCAACAAGUGAAAAUGUGCCUACAGCAGAAGACAUUGCAGAACAGCCAAAGAAAAAUAGAAUUACUUACUCACAGAUUAUUAAAGAAGGCAGGAAAUUUAAUAUCGAUUUGGUAUCAAAGGUGCUGUAUUCUCGAGGAUUGCUAAUUGAUCUUCUCAUCAAGUCUAAUGUUAGUCGAUAUGCAGAGUUCAAAAAUAUUACUAGGAUUCUUGCAUUUCGAGAAGGAAGAGUGGAACAGGUUCCUUGUUCCAGAGCAGAUGUCUUUAAUAGCAAACAACUUACUAUGGUAGAAAAGCGAAUGCUAAUGAAGUUUCUUACCUUUUGUAUGGAGUUUGAGGAACAUCUUGAUGAAUAUAAAGACUAUGAGGAGAUUACAUUUUCUGAAUAUUUAAAAACUCAAAAAUUAACCCCCAACCUUCAAUAUUUUGUCCUGCAUUCAAUUGCAAUGACAUCAGAGACAACCAGCAGUACCAUAGAUGGUCUCAAAGCUACCAAAAACUUUCUUCAGUGUCUUGGUCGGUAUGGCAACACUCCGUUUUUGUUUCCUUUAUAUGGCCAAGGAGAACUCCCUCAGUGUUUCUGCAGGAUGUGUGCUGUGUUUGGUGGAAUCUAUUGUCUUCGCCAUUCAGUACAGUGCCUUGUUGUGGACAAAGAAUCUGGAAAAUGCAAAGCAAUCAUAGAUCAGUUUGGUCAGAGAAUAAUGUCUAAGCAUUUCCUUGUGGAGGACAGUUAUUUUUCUGAGACCACAUGCUCGCACGUGCAGUACAGGCAGAUCUCCAGGGCAGUCCUGAUUACAGAUAGAUCUGUAUUACAAGCAGAUUCAGACCAACAGAUUUCUAUUUUGACAGUGCCAGCAGAGGAACGAGGAACUUCGGCUGUUCGGGUCAUUGAGUUGUGUUCUUCAACAAUGACAUGCAUGAAAGGCACAUAUUUGGUCCAUUUGACAUGUACAUCUUCUAAAACAGCAAGAGAAGAUUUAGAACCGGUUGUGCAGAAAUUGUUUACUCCAUAUACCGAAAUGGAGAUAGAAAAUGAAGAAGUUGAAAAGCCAAGACUUCUAUGGGCUCUUUACUUCAAUAUGAGAGAUUCUUCAGACGUCAGCAGGAAUUCUUAUAAUGAUUUACCAUCCAACGUUUACGUCUGCUCUGGCCCAGACUGCAGUUUAGGAAAUGAUAAUGCAGUCAAACAGGCUGAGACACUUUUCCAGCAAAUCUGCCCCAACGAAGACUUCUGCCCACCCCCACCAAAUCCUGAAGACAUCAUCCUGGAUGGAGACAGUUUACAACCAGGGGCUGUGGACUCCAGUGCUGUACCAGAGGCCAACUCAGAGACUCCCAAGGAAACCACAGACCUGGGAAAUACAGAGGAGCCCUCUGUAUAAUGAUGUACACCAAACUGGAUAUCCCAUUUUGGAAAUUCCUCCUGGCCUCAGUCUUCUUGAUAGAAGAACUGUUUGAAAAAUGUUAGAAAGCAGCAGCUAACUGACAUGCAGAGUUACCAAAAUCUAAAAAGGGAUUUUUUUUCCUAAAAGAGGACACAAAAUACUUGUAAAGCACAUUGACUUGCCUGCUUUAAGAUACCAAACCUGUGGAGUUAGCAGAUAAAAAUUAUAAAUGAAUUGAUUCCCAGAAAUAUAGCUUUGGAGAUUAAAGUGAUCCUACGCAUUGUUAAUAAUUCUGUGCUUUUACUACAGCUUUUGCUUCCACUUUGGGUCUUUCUUUGAAAGCCACAUCUUCAGAAUCAGCUCACUUAUUUCCUUUGACUAUUUGAAUUAUAUUUUCUUCAAGGAUAUGAGCAUCAUGACACAAACGAUGAAAGCAUAUGUAAAUGAAAUUGAGAAAAACUAAAGUGUCAUGAUCUGGCAAGAGCUUAUGUGGCAUAGAGGCUUGUUUUGUUUUCUAUCUUGACAAGUACUAAAAUGCUAAUAAUUAAAGUAGACAUGUUUAAGAAAGAAAUCAUGAGUUGAGUCCAUUACUCAGUGUUUUUUAAUGUUAGUGGUGAUAUUUAUAUGUGAAUCAUUUAUACACUAGGAAAGCUCAGUACUGAAGAAAUGGAAGGAAAGAUUUGGAUAGACCCAUCGGUAUUUGGAAUUUCUGUCUAGUAAAGUACCUGGAGCACCAGCCCAAGUGUCUGUAAACCUAUUGGGUUGUCGGAAAAGUCAUGACGCGUUUUUGCAACGAAAAACAUAGAAAAAAUAUGUCAUAACUUUUCCGACUACCCAAUAAUUUAGUCCUGGCUAUGCUGAUGAUGAUAUUAGGCAAAUUGUUUCAUUUCUGGGCCUCAGUUUCUCCGUAUGUAAGAUGGAUAUAGGAAUACCCUGCCUAUUCUAUGAGAAUGAUUUUGAAGAUACAUGCGGUGCCAUCUUUAGAAUGGUUUUUCUGGAAGAAAAGUUGUUUCAAAAUUGUCUUGUUGACUUGGAGGUGACUGUCAAAUAUCUCAUUCAGCAAAUAAUUGCUGUCAACUCUCCCAACAUAAUCUCAGUGUUUUUAUUAAGCUUUUAAAAUAAAACUAUUUCCUAUAUUAGUAUUUUAUAGUCUUAUAGACCAGUAAACAUAGUAACAUGUGGAAUUUUGGUUUUGAAUCUUAAUAAGGAAAACACUGCAAAUUCUUUGGAUUUCUUUUACAGUAGCUAAACCUGAAACCACCAAGGACUAAAUAGAAUAUGACAACUGGUAAACCGUAGUAUGCACUUAACAUAAAAUAUAGGACUGUACAUAAGCAGCAAAUCUAGUUACAGCGACAGUGACUAUAUUAAAAGUUAUUCCAAAUGCUCUGUUGGUUUACUUGUUUUCAGUAAUAGUUUGGAUUUAACAACUUACUUCAAUACAUAAAUAUAUAAAAAGUUUAUUGUGGUGCAGCCUGGCUUGUAUAGCGGACCAGAGAGCCGUGGCUACAGUAAAAAGCACAUAGUUCUUACACACUUCAGCUGCAGUGGGGCUCUCACCUCUCCAGAUUUCAGGGAAGAUGUAGCUCUGUCAGGUCACAGAUUUAUGGGAAAUGCAAAGAACCAAGGAAUGUAUCUUUUGCCUCACCUUUCCAACCUCCUGCAGAUAUAGCGGAAUCCAGAUGCAAGGAAAACCAUCCCAGCCUCUCAGGCUACUCGUUACCCCUCUGCUCACUGUAGAACACCUCCCCUAUCUCUUUAGUUCCUUCUUUCCCCCUCUAUCCCUUUUAUAGUACUAUACAAAUCAGGGACAAUAGAGUUACAUUAUAACCUACUUUGUUAUAUGGAUUCAGAUCUUUCUUAAGUCAAAUCAUGUUUUCUGAAUCCCAACUGGAGCAUGCGCUAAAUGCACAAUACAUACCUAUAAGCACUGGGUAUUGACCCUGCCCCUCAAUACCAGCAAUAUAAAAGGUUCCACUAAAUGAGAGUAAUAAGUUGAAUACAAUUGCGGUAAGUUGCACCAAUUAAGAUAUUGUACGUUGUUAUAGUCUUAGAGUUAAAGCCUCUUGAAUGCAGCAUGCACUUUUAUGUAAACAGCUAGGGUAGGCCUGGAAUAACUAGAAAAAUUCUGAUAGCUUUAUUACAGCUAUCUAUAUGUAGAGCAAUGAAAGAGAUAUUCUGUGGUCUCAUGACCAAGCCCAUACUGUACCCUAUUUCAUCUAUUGACCAGCAUCAGAAUCUCUCUUCCAGGUUAUUUAUUAAAUACUGUUGAAAUGUUUAAGAACUCCUGAAUAUGAUUAGGGAUGAUUAAGAUAGUACACAACUGUUAGAGAACUUUAGAUAUUUCCUGUUCCUGUUGCCUCAAAACAUCAUAGAAAUUGUUCUAAGAGCUUUCUUUUCAGCUUUCUUAAUUACUGCAAAUAAAUAUUUGUUUUCGUAGUUUUAAGUCAAACUUUUUGGUUAUGUUGUAAAAUCGUAAGCUUGAAGUCAUAUAAAUAAAGUUAAUAUGUUGUAUGAUGCAGAAAUUUCAGCAGCUAAUUUAAAUUUUGAAAACUAUUAUCAAAGAAUUUUGAUUCAUUUGUUUAAAAUGUUUAGUUAUGUAUUUAUGGUUCUUAUUAAGCAAAAAUGAUAAUACUAUUCAAUUCAGUGAUUAAUAGAAAACCAGUUACUAACCCUAUGUGGCUAAUGUAUUUACCUUUAGUUGGCAUGCCUGCCCAGAAAAACAGAUAUAUAUAAAAUAAACAUAUAUUUUUCUAUAGGAAACUAAGUUACAAUUUUCCUCAUCUCCUAUGGUACUUAGUUGUCCGUAGUAAAAUGGACAUGGUAAUGGUUAACUUUAGAAUGGUAAUUUCUGAGAUUGGCAGCCCUUUGUCUAAAAUAAUGGCCAUUCUAAUGAUUAACUUCUAUCACAACUGCAGUUCAUGAGAAGGCAGCCCUUUGUCCAAAGUCCUUAAGAUCUCAAAAAAUUAUGUUGAAAUUGGAUUGCUCAAUUGUAACGAUCCUUUAAAGCAGAAAUUAAACAAUUUUCUUAACAAAUAAGUUAUUGACUACUAUAUGUAUUGAAUAAUUUAUCUCUCUACUCUAGUUAAUUUUCUUAUAUGCAUUUCACAAAGCAUGAAUAUAUGAUUAUUCAUAAUUUGCACACUGUAGCAGUAAGUUUUCAGAGAAAAUAAAGUGUUUUAAAUGCCUUUUAGAAGUGCUAUUCUAUAUUUUAAUGGUAAAGAUUUGCUUAUGUGCCAAGAAAUUAAAGACUGUCUUGGAACUGA